UACCGCUGUCCCCUUCCGGCCCCCCCGCCCCCCACGCCUGGCGGAGCCGAUGGCGGCGCGCGGCGCGGCGCGGUACUUCACGCGCUGGUACAAGCCAGACGUGAAGGGGCGGCCCGGAGAGGACUUCUGCGUACUGCAGCACUCCAACAGAAUCUGUGUCAUCACCUUGGCUGAAGCCCAUCCUCUUCUUCAAAAUGGAAAAACAAUUACAAGCAUUAAUUACCAAAUCAGUGCCAACUGCAGCAGACUCCAGAAUAAGGUCUCUGGGAAGUCAAAAAGGGGAGCUCAGUUUUUAACAGAACUUGCCCCUCUGUGCAGGAUAUCUUCAUCAGACGGAGAGGAAUACACCAUUUAUAGUUGUAUACGAGGGCGACUGAUAGAAGUGAAUGAAAACAUUCUUAGCAAUCCAGUUCUUCUGCAAGAAAAGCCAUCAACUGAGGGAUACAUUGCAGUGGUUCUACCCAAAUUUGAAGAAAGCAAGAGUGUAACUCAAGGACUUCUGACGCAGGAGGAGUAUGAAGAAGUUUUGUCAAAACGUCUUAAUUCUUCUUUGUGAAAUUAAUUGUAGAGCUACCAUCUGUAUUUGAUACUAAAUAAGCUACUUUUAUUGUACGCUGUAACUUGGAUGGUAUUGAAAGGCCCUGUGCCUGUUUUUAAAAACAGAACUUAAACACUUGAUUGAUAUGAGAAUAAAGCAGUUCAAAUAGUUUGUAUAUUAAGAUUUGCUUUCUCUGAAGUUUUUAAAUAAAACCAGAAUGAUAUAUUGGAGAGUGUUGAUGUUCCACAGGCAGCUUUGUUUCUGCUCAGUGCAAGCAUAAUACAUAGAGAAAAAUCAAAUGAUUUAGCUACCACUUAAUUUAGCUAAACUAAUGCAUUAUGGAAUUUGACAAAGGUGAAUUGAAAAUAAAAAUGCAACAGAAGCCUAUGUACAAAGAGCACAUAUCUAAAAAAUAAGUAUUUCACAUCAGGUUAUAUUCUUACAGCAUCUUUAAGUUGAGUAAUGCCCUUUGUACAGAAGUUUAUCAUAAUCGGUAUCUAUUUUCUUAGA